AUGCAAGACAGAAGCUGUGGCCAAGCAUUGCCUCUGUCUUUAAUGCUGAAGGAAGCUUACUGUGCAGAGAGAGGCACCAAAAAGGGAUAUCCUGAAAAUAUGUCAGAAGCUUCAUCCUACCAUGACUUUUUCUAUGAUUCUCUAUCAGACCUACAGAACGGAGAAUUUUCAAAUGAACUUUCUGCCUUCCUGACCCAGGAGGAGAUAUGUAAGAGCAUUGACAUAGCUCGGGAAGCCAUUGCCAAUUCCAUGAAGGAAGAUCAGAAUGCAGCACCAGACUUUAUUCAUUCUUUCAACACCUCUCCUUCUGACAUUUCAGACAAUCCUUCUUUCAUGGAUACGAAACAGCUUGAAAAAGAUGCUUCACAGAGGCCUCAAGAAAGCACUCUGAUUUCAUCUCCUGCAAGUCAUGUUCUCCCAAGGAAUCAGAAAGAGCAAUCUGCCACACAUCAAGCAGCAGGUAGUAUUGUCACAGUUUCCAGGAAGCAAGCAAGCACUUCACCUUUGCUAACUGCUAGCCCUAGCUUCAUUAGAAGCCUGAAACAUUUGGAGAAAGAUGGUGCAGGUGCACCUAAGACAAGCCCAAGUUCCGAAUUCACAUCCCAAGAGGUUCCUUUCAGGAACAAGCUGUGUGACAAAGCUGCCACAUUCAUAGAGGAGUUGUCUUCUAUAUUUAGACAGGCAGCAAAGACAAGAGGCCGAAGUCCUGACGGGAACUCUUCUUCUCCAGACAGUGGAUAUCUGUCUCCUAAAAACAAUCAACAAACUCAAAGCACCUUGGUGAACCAGGAGUUUGACAAGCCACACCAAGAGACUGAGCCUGAGGCAAAAUUACCUGGAGUUCAUCUGAAUGGAGAACAGUUUUCUGAAAGGGACAGCAUCAUGCAGAGUGAAAUGGUCCUUUGCCACCCCUUCAUCAGCAUGGAAGACAAUCAAUCUUCACCACCUCAAUUCACUCAGAAGCUCCGGAGCCAGGAAGUUGCUGAAGGAAACAAAGUAUUGCUGGAGUGCAGAGUUGCCGGCAACCCAAUCCCUGACGUCAGAUGGUUCUGUGAAGGAAAAGAACUCCAGAAUACCCCUGACAUUCAGAUCUGUUCUGGAAGUGGAGGACUUCAUUCCUUAAUUAUAGCAGAAGCCUUUGAAGAAGAUACUGGACGCUAUACUUGUCUGGCUUCAAAUUCUAUUGGUUCAGAUAGUACAUCAGCUGAAAUAUUCAUUGAAGGUGCCAGUUCCACAGAUUCAGAGAGUGAAAUUUUAAUUUUCAAAUCAAAAUCUGGAGCUAUGCCACAGGCCCAGAAGAAAACCACGUCUGUUUCCCUAACAAUAGGUUCUUCUACACCAAAGGCUGGAGUCACCACAGCUGUAAUUCAGCCUAUUUCUGUGCCCAGUCAGCAGGUUCAAAGCCCUACUUCACACCUGCAUCGUGUGGAUGGAAUGAAGUCUUCCUUUUCUGCACCCAUUUUUACAAAGGAGCUACAGAACUCCACAGCCUCGGAGGGACAAGUCGUGGUAUUGGAAUGCAGGGUCAGAGGCCUCCCUCCUGUUCAUGUUAAGUGGUUUCGACAGGGUGUUGAAAUUCAAGAUUCUCCAGAUUUCAGAAUUCUCCAAAAAAAGCCACGAUCUGCAACUGAACCUGAAGAGAUAUGUACCCUUGUAAUUGCAGAAACCUUUCCUGAAGAUUCAGGACUUUUCACAUGCACAGCCACAAAUGAACACGGUUCAGUGGCAAGCAGUGCACAACUAAUUGUCUGCUCAGCCAACUCAGAAAGCUCUAGUCAUGAAUCACUGACAAGAGAAUCCAAUAGUGAUGAUUUCCAUCAUUUCCCACCACUUCCUGCAGUUGAAAUUAGCUCUCUUGAGCUUCUUCCUAAGAAACAUACAGAGACUCACAAAGCAAACAACACUGAUCUGAAAUCUGGUGUGACAGACCUUCAGCUCCAGCUCAAUUCAUCUGAGGAAAAGACAAACGGCAUCCACCCCAUUCAUGGAGUAAAUGGAAUGAUUAACAAGCCAAAUGGUGAUAAAUCCAUCCCACCUCCAGCUGUCUUGCUUUCACCCACAAAGGAGCCACCACCUGUGCUUGCCAAACCAAAGCUGUGA